AUGUCUGAAGCACCCGUCGACACUGCCGUAUUGGGGCUUUUUGCAGCAUAUUCUGGUGCAGCGUACACGGUUUCCGAUAAAUGGGACUGCAAGUACGCCUGCGAAUACCCGGGAACCGAACAAACAGUAGUAGAAUACAGUUGGAAUGUGGGGAGUCCGCCAAGCGCUGGCUACAUUGCAAGAAAUCCUGACAAAGGCGUCCUCGUUGUGUCGUUCCAAGGAACCCACAGUCCUGAGCAGUGGGUUCAGAACCUGCAGACAUCACAGGAAGAGUGGCCAAAAAGCGUUGAGGGCUCCCAGGUGCACAGUGGGUUCCUAAGUGGAUACAGCGCAGCACGCACAGGCAUGCUCAAUGCUGUUUUGCGGCUGGCGGAUGCGUACCCAAGCUACUCGGUCGCCCUGGUUGGGCACUCACUGGGUGGUGCUCGGGCUGCCCUCGCAUUGCUUGACCUCGCUACUACGGCACCCCAGCUUGUGCCGCGGCUGAGCAUGUACACGUAUGGUGCGCCCCGGGUAGGCAACGGUGCUUUUGCAAAGGCUAUCGAGGGCCUGUCUGUCCCUGUGUAUCGCGUUGUCUAUGAGGAUGAUGUUGUGCCGCAUCUGCCGCCAUCGUACUUUGGCUACGUCCAUCAUAACAUCGAGGACUGGAUCCAUGACGGCCGGCACCAGUUCUGCCUUUCGACCGAGCAGUCUGACACAUGCAGCAAUGGCGGCGGCAGCCUCACAGUAAACAUCAACGCACACUAUGGCUAUCCUGGAUUGAAGUACAGCUAG